AAGAAAUCUAGUAUGCAGAUUAAUCUAGUAGUGUGAUCUUCGCAACGAGUACGUGGUUGUCAUAUUAGUUCCAACGAGGACAUGUUGUUUGGGUUUGAAGAGGCAUCUGCCUCUUCCUCUUUCUCCUCUUCCUCAAUCGAAGGAAGAAGAAGAAGAGGACACAGGAGUACAACCAGAAGUGGUCGCAGAAUAGCCUUUGCGGCUCUGGUAUCGACUGCUACAGCGUGGCUUGAUGUUAAGACUUCCGGAAAUGUCCCAUUUUGAGAAGCAUCUUGGACCUCCCGUGUCAGGGAGAAACGGGUCCCAAGAUUUGACUUUUAGAAUGGGAGAUUCCCGGAAUAUUAAGGCUAAUAAUAGCACCAGCAUUUUGGGUGUGAAUGGAGCAGCACGGCCUCAGACGCUGCGUCGGGACGAUACAGCCUUGUCGUCCGUUGCCUCGUCAUCUACUACCUCUUCCAGUUCUAGUAGUGGCGGGAGAACAGCGGAGUCGGACUCGGAGAGAAAAGGACUCACUAGUGUGAUCACUUCAUCUGCCUUGUUUCAGAAGAACAGCACAGCAGCGCUCGCUUUCAAUGACAUGAUGCAUCAUCUCCUUGGUGGAAGAACAGGUGCAACAUCAAGCGCUACUAGUCGUGGUGGUCUACUAGGAUUAGGUCUCUUCGAAAUUGGGACAUCAAGUACAUCAACUGCUGACAACAAGAUUAAGGGUUUCCGAAUUACAUCUUCCCUCAAGAUUGAGGGUAGUACCAUCCUCCCUGGCGCUUUUUCUAGUAGAAAAGACGCCAGGGUGGAAGAUCAUGUUCUGGGGAACGAAUGCAAUUCCGUAACCUCUAACCUCCCGAACAGUUUCCUUAUUACUUCAGCAAGUCCGCACCACUCAACUGGUACAGAAUCACUACAGCACUUGUUGAAAAUGCCAAGGCAUCUCCCACACGGUUUGUUCUCUCGUGCAAGUGGUGUCGCGAUGAGGAUGGCUGCUAUUUUGCAGAAAGGCCGCCAAUACAAGAACAAGGCGAACAGAAGUGGCUCUCAGAAAAGUGGGCAAAAGAAUAGCCUUCAGAAGGGUCAACAGAGUAGUCUUCACAGUAGUAAAAGUAGUCGGACAAAUACGAAGACACUGCCCGAAACCAUAGAGGAGGCAGUGGAAGAGGCAGAUGCAGAACUGCAUACUGCAACGAAUACUUUAUGCUGAAAGCAGCUAGAAUAACAGCAGCAUCAGAACCAUCCUUGUAGAAGAUCUACUUUUUAACAGCAUCAGAACCAUUCUGAGACUGAAGGUCGAAUCUUCCUCUAGGAUAAAGUGGUGGUGAUUGUCUUACUAGAAGACUCUAAUCUUAGACUCUUAGUAGACUCUAAUGAUCUUAGACUCUUAGUAGACUCUAAUCUUAGACUCUUAGUCUUGGAAUCUUAGACUCUAACCUUUCUUAGACUCUUAGACUCUAAUCUUAGACUGGGAUAAAGUGAUUGUGGCCAGUGAUGCAGCUCAAUGGUAUGUAGGGCGAUUGCCGGCUUUGAUCGACGAUCUGGAGGCGUCUACAGAGUGGCUAGAGUUGAAGUUAUGGUGAGAAUUGUAAUUAAGCAGUACUGUCAGACCACGUCUCUAUGCCCAUCAUGGACGAUGGCAACAGGGACAGUCGCAUGCAUACUUGGGUUGUUUUAAUUAAUCAACUACAGAGUGGCUAGGUUGUGUUGAGACAUGGCAUUGUUGUAAACAGAGUGCUGCGAUUGAGUUUAAUGCGACCGAACUGGGGAUCUAGUAUUAUAACUACAAUCUCUACUGUCUGUCUGUGACUGAUUAUUAUAAUCCAAGAACAAUGAAUGGCAAAAUCAAAAUUUUUAGACGUACUAGAGGUCACACCACUGUAGACCACUACAUUUCGUGACUAAUAUACAUAGGUCGACCACUGGUCGUGUUUCUCUCGGCACUACCGCCCCCGUAUUUACUUAAGUAGACCUAUAUUAGUAUUUAUAGUAUUAGCAAUUCCCAGAAAUCUCUUAAGGAGCUCCCUUAAGGAGCUUCCUUAAGGCGCUUCCUUAAGGAAAUCAGUUUCCUUAAGGAAUUUUUAUUAUAAAAAGUUAUUAUAACUUUCCUUAAGAGGAAAAAAAUUCCCUUAAGGGGGUCCCUUAAGGACAAGCUGUUAUAAACUUGGGCUAAUAACAGCGGCUCCUUAAGGACCUUGCUAGUACUACGAGUCCAAAAGUGUCAAGAACGUGCCAACGUGUUCGCGGCUGUUAGUUUGUAGGCUACUCACUUACACCAGCCACAUCUGCAGCAAGACACUACGCGCCCACCCCUAGCGAAUCGCCCCGACGAACUUCCAACCGCUACCCUUGUCAUAUAUCGCCCGACGCCUUUGCUUUUUUUCAAAAACUUCAGGGAGGUCAUUCAAAUACAGAGAAAACUGAACGACCUCCCUGAAGUUUUUGGAAAAAAGUUAGCUCGCUCCCCUUCCGCGACUACCUUCCGCGCACAGCAAUCGACCACGGCACACCACAGGAGCGCGCGGCAGCCCUUGGAGAUGGUUGACCAGUCUACUUCUAACCAGCACAAAAGCGGGAGAAUUGUAAGGGAGAAGGUGAGCACUUGAAAGGGCAGAGGCUGACGAGCGUGAUCAUAUUGAUUCGCGAGAAGGCCAAAGACAUACAUCGCGGCGCUUCAAAGUCGCAGCCGUUGGGGAUGUCGAUGGCUGUGAGAAUGAUAGCCGUGCGCACUUGCGUGUCUGAAGGGUGGACCCUGGUGAGCAUCAUCAUAUCCAUGAGAAGGCCAAAGGUGUGCAAGUUUGCGUGUGAAGGUCGAAGCCGUUGAGGAUGUUGAUGUCUGUGAGAAUGAUAGCCGUGAGGACUUGCAUGUCUGAAGGGUGGACCCUGGUGAGCGUCAUCAUAUCCAUGAGAAGGCCAAAGAUAUACAUCUCUGUGUGUGAAAGUCGAAGCCGUUGAGGAUGUCGAUGUCUGUGAGAAUGAUAGCCCUAGCCGUGAGGGCUUGCAUGUCUGAAGGGUGGACCCUGGUGGGCAUCAUCAUAGCCAUGAGAAGGCCAAAGGUAUGCAUCUCUGUGCUUGAAAGUCGAAGCCGUUGAGGAUGUCGAUGCCUGUGAGAAUGAUAGCCGUGAGGACUUGCAUGUCUGAAGGGUGGACCCUGGUGAGCGUCAUCAUAUCCAUGAGAAGGCCAAAGAUGUACAUCUCUGUGUUUGAAAGUCGAAGCCGUUGAGGAUGUCGAUGUCUGUGAGAGUGAUAGCCUUGAGCACUUGCAUGUCUGAAGGGUGGACCCUGGUGAGCGUCGUCAGAUCAUAUCCAUGAGGGGGCCAAAGGUCUACAGAUUUGCCUGCGAAAGUCGAAGCCGUUGAGGAUGUCGAUGUCUGUGAGAAAGUGGAUAAGGGUGGACCCUGGCGGGCGUCAUCAUGUCCAUGAGAAGGCCAGGCGCAUGCAUCUCCGUCGAUGCCUGUGCGUGAGGAUGAUAACUGUGGGCCAUUGCAUGUCUGAGGCGCGGACCGUGGUGGGCGUCUUGUGUCAUGUCCAUGAAACGGCCAACCUUAUAGACACAUCCCCGCGCCUGAAGGUUGGGGCCCAGCUCUUGGCUCUGCGCAUAGAUAUGCCCAAGCGUGGCUUUCUCAUGGGCCUCGUCCAUGACGCUCGCCAGUGUCAGCCUUUUGCCAUCCCAUGGGUAUGCUAUGCUUCAGGAUUCUCCUGGACAUGAUCACACUCAAAAGGGCCCAACCUCUGUGCCUACAUAGAUAUGCCCAGGCGUGGCCUUCUCAUGGACUCCAUGACGCUCAGCGGGCCAGCCUUGGCGCCCAUUGGCUUGCUCUUAGCAAGCAAGUCGGCCAAGGCAGUAGCCUGCCAUAGCGGUAGCCUCCUCACUAGCCUCGCCACAGUGGGAGUCAGCUUCCCAGCCUUGGCGAGCAGACUUGGCGGCUUUUUUCGUUUGUCUUUCUGUCUCUUAGUAGUCAACCUGUCUAGUUGUUAACCUAUGCCCAGCGCAGCGGGCCCUUGAUGGGCCCGCUUUCUGGGCAUGUAUAUUUAUAAGUAUGUCUGAAGAUCUUCAAGAAGAUCUUUUAAAAACUUUAUGUGUCUUCACCAUCAUCUAACUUCCAAAGACUUGACAUCCGAUGGCGUAGACACUGGGGAUUUUCCGAGCCGAUGGAACACACUGGUGACCGAAAAGCUGCAGCUAACUCAAGUUAAGGGCUCGUUCUUCUUCAGCAUCUUCUAGGUAUAGAAAGAAAGUGCUGAAGGAUCAUAUAUGAAGGUUAUUUUUUCAACAUCUUCCGUUGUUAGAUGAAUCUAAGUUAGAAAGAAUCUAAGUUAGAAAGAAUCUAAGUUAGAAAGAAUCUAAGUUAUAGAAAGAAUCUACGUUAUAGAAAGAAUCUAAGUUAGAAAGAAUCUAAAUAUAGAAAGAAAGUGAUAAAGGACUGGGUGGCCAUGCUGAGAGACAGUGAAGCAACGCAAAAGGGGACUGAAGAUUACUUCAAUCAAAUGCUGGCGCUGCCUGUAGUUAAGACCGGCUGUAGUUCUAAAGAAGUAAGAGUAACCAUUUCCAGUAUAUCAACGACUAGAUAUUUAUAAAAACACUUUAACUAGUACGUGUACGACGACAAGUGCAGUAGAGAUGCAACGCUUUCUAGUAGUACAACAACAACUCAAGGACUAGGACUACAAACGAUUAUAGGGUAAUCGUGAGUACUAGUGUUGAGUAGUUUACCAACGCAUAGCCUUUUUUAGUACAACGAGGAGGACUAGCAAAGUAGAAUUACUUACCAAAAGAGCAUCAACCUCAGCCUCAUCAUCCUGAUCUUCUUCUUUCCUCAACGUAUUGAUUCUUCUAUACGACGUAGUCCUUCUCCUUUCCUCAACAUCUUCUUCUAUACGAUGUACUCCUUCUCCUUUCCUCAACAUCUUCUUCUAUACGAUGUACUCCUUCUUCUUUCCUCAACAUCUUCUUCUAUACGAUGUAGUAGUCCCUCUCCUUCUUGUGGUAUGGUCUGUGGUGGCUACUUGUAGAUGUAGCAGCCCCUCUCCCUCUCCCGUCUUUAAGAGUUACGAUCUCCCAGAGGAGGAGCGACCUCUUAUCGAGGGUCUUAUGUCCCUGAAGCCAGCGAUUCCACACUUUGUCGCCAUCAUACGAAGAGUUAAGGGUCGAAACAUUCCUAUUUCAUUUUUACACGUAGUGAAGAUGCAUCUCCUUCUUCCUCAAUCCCGUGUUUCGGAUAAAACCACCCCGUGUUGCGAAGUGGAUAAAACUGGGAUCACCCUUUCGGCGGUCUUGGGAUACAAAAAAAAAACGUGGCGGCGGUGGGGGCCCCCUGAAUCUGAAUAGUGACGAUGCAUCUCCUCUAUUGAGAUUGAUUGCCCUGCUGUUCUCCCUGAGCAUUGCUAUCUUCUCAGUAGAAUAUAUGAAAUGUUUCGACCUUUAAAAGAGGAGAGGAGUAUUUCUAUGCGGGAACGAUCUUGCCGCUUCUCGAAGCCGUGGAAAAAUUUCCCCUGAAUCGUGUGGCUGAAGCUGCUCGCGCAGUUGCAAAGGUGGAAGACAAGUUAAGAUUGCAGUUCCCUUAGUGGUUUAGAGGCGUUGACCUGUACACUUAUAGCUUAGUGGCGUUGACCUGUACACUUAAAGGAAGGAAGAGUUACACUUAUAGCUUAGUGGUUUAGGCAGUUACCAGAGUUACACUUAUCCAGAAGGAAGGGCCACCUUUUUGUUUUUGGUUGUAGUUGGGUUCAUCUCUUUGAAUGACUAAGCACGCGGUUGGGUUUACAAUUGUGAUCUUCUCCGAUCAAAACUACAUAUUUUUACUGAUACUCCUGCAAUGAAUACAGGAGAACUGAAGAGUAGUAUUUUUUAAUUAUUAACCUGAUGAAGGUAGCAGGUACCGCGACUACAACAAUUUAGACCAGCACUGAGUAGUUUUACUGCAUGUAUCAUUGUCUCGAGAUGAAGCUGAAGGAGCAUAAAAUAAAACAUUCAUCAUCUUGAGAAGGAUGUGUAUGCUUUCGGACCUCAACAAUCUUUUCGUGCUUGUUCAGGGCCGCAUGAAGAAUGAUUUAGAGAGGGCUUUUCUGACACUCGUCCAGCAUGACUUCAUACAUUAAAUACUUUUAGUUCCUCUUCUUCUUCCUCCUUACUGCUCUCUCUAAGCGAGUUUUCGUCUCUGCAAGAGAAUCGUGUUGAGCUGUCCUCUCCAUGUCCAUUCGCGGAUAUCCAUGAUGGCAUCAUUAAGGCAAGAAUGUACUUCCUCGAUAAUGUUAAUGAAUGACUACAACAAUCACAAGACAUGACGUGAUAUCGACGUCGUGCUGGAAAAGAAUUACUCGAAAACUGAAAAUAAGCGAGUUACUGACUGAAAUAAGGGACGUAGCUUUUAAAGGCUACAACUCUUUGCUCUUCAGUUGUAUCAAUGUCGGCUAUUGUCGACGUCUGUUAUUUGCUUAUUUCAGUUUAUCGAAUAGUACAAAGAAGAAGAAGGAAGAAGAUCCUUGUUCUUUCCAACGGAACAAGAAGAUUCAUCAUUGCUCUUCCUAGGUUCUUUGAGACAGAACAAACUCCCCAAACUCUUUCAUUGUCUCCGAACGAGUAGCAGACACCAUGUAUUCGAAGCCAAAGAGUGAAGAAAAGUGGCAAUUUGCAGUCAUGCGGAACAUGAACAUCUGGUUUGACCCAUCAGUGGGCGUCCUGGGACAGAUGUUGAAUUAUGAGGCAGUUAGCCUGAAAGUUUCAGAAUGACUACAACACGUCAAGCUUUUUAUUUUGAAAUUAGUCAGGUUUUUCUACAACUUUUUCUUGGACAUCAUCAAAUGCUGUGAAUUAUUAUGUUGAGUCUAAGUGUAAGUUACGCAUCCUAGACCUUGUCUUGUUUACAAGCCCUCUUCGUAGUUUAUAAGGAGUUCUUUCGUCCUGGUCCUCUUCAUACUCUUCUAAUCUAAAGCGCGGGAGGGUGAGCCGUACGUCGACGCGUUUGGCUCUGCGUCAGAAGCUCUGCAAGCAUGGUCGAAAGAAGAUUAUGGCACUUAGAGGCUCUGCAAACGUAGCACGUGAAACUUGAGUUGUAUCACUUAAGUGAAGUGAAGUGUGGUGAUUUUUUAGAAGCAUCUAUAACAUUCACUAUGAAUCAGAUACGAUUCGUUCAUCUUCUACGACCGCACCCCGUGAACAGUAUGAAGGAGCAGGCUCUAAAAAAAAGGGGACCUCGAAGCGCUGAUGGCCGAAGUCGACCAUACUGACGCACACGCUAUUGCCAAAGAAAUCGUCAAAAUCAUCACCGCACUGGCAAAAAAUUACCACAUUAUGCGCCCUUUUCUGUCGCAACUCUUCAUCUUCCAAAAUGAGGUAAUAUCCUCGACAAAAAUUAUAGGACUAAUUAUGCCUCGCAUCAUGCCGCUGGACUAUAGUUGCUUAAGAGCGCUUGCCGGCGGCGGACCCGCCGGGGGUGGUUCGGCAAUAUCCUCGCCAAAAUAAUCGCAGUGACCGUCAGGACAUACGACAACCUGUAGAUGAAGUGUGUGAACAAGUCAACAGUUUGAUAUCCCAUAAAAAUUUAAAUCCUAUCCUUCUGACACUUUUCUGUCCAAGCAACAACUACUUCGAAUCGAUCCAUAUCCAUCCAUCCUACUUAUUCUUCUAACCCUUCUCUAGUGAAGCAUAUACUGGGUGAAGAUGGAGCCAAGAUCCUGGAGAAGUUGGUCACCGCUCUGGGGAAGGUCAUUGACGGAUCGCCUGUUUUGGCGGAGGCAUUGUUGAACGACUAUUUUAAGGCCUAGCAUUCAAGGGAGCAAGCAGAAGGCCCUAAGGGACUUUUUCAAACUCAAUAGACAUUCCAUAAUCUAAGUACUUAGUAGUACUAAGUACUUACUUAGUGUAUCUUGGAAAGUUCAAGUUGACUCCCGACAACUGAGUACUUACUUGGUAAGGAGCAGGACUAGAAUUUUAGGCCAAUUAAUGAAGAGUAGGAUGUUGAGUCACUUCACGUGUGAAGAAGCCGCGCUUGUUGAUAAACUACAUGUUGACGAUGGAUAUACCUGAUCUGUAGAAAAAUAGCUAACUAACUAUCAUCUGUGAUUCAUUAGAGGAGGACUAAGAAGUGAUCAAGAUCAUGCAUGUGUGAUGAAAGAAUAUGGAGCAGCUGCCCUUAUUCUAGGACAUGAAGCAAGCUGUCCUAUCGACGUCAUUCCUCUUGUUGUCAAGAACACCCUGCUCCCACCUCCUAACCCUCCGUUCACUUUCAAUUCAUUUCACCCUGACUGUUUGUCCCCUGACACUAGCUUUAUCUUAAAAGUCUUCUUUACGUGCUAAGGUAAGUACGUUAUUACGUAUCUAUAGAAGUUGUAGUAUGUAAGACGAACAUCAACUACUCCCCCCCCGACAUCAACUUUCCCCUAAGAUUGGCCGAUAUGGAGAACAUGUCAUUGAUGAGGAUGGAGAAUACCAUCUACCUCCGAUCAGUAAAGACUGCGUACAUAACCAUUAAGGCUGAAGAACAGCAAGAGCAACCUGACCAUGACUGGCCUGAUUAGGGGUUCUCAUGUUCUCACGUACUACCAGCUUGCUCGGCGGGUCGAGGAAUACUUUUAUUAAUUAUAUUGAUACAUACAACUUAUUGAUACUUUUGUUCUAAAUCUAAAAAAAGGGUCAUUUGUUGUAGUUGUGGACCACAUGAUGUCAGUAGAAGUUCUGAGGUUGCCGGUCCUCGGUACUAGCUCUACCUGCUCUAAAAUGAGUUCGUCCUUGCUCGAUUCCUCGUGAGUGAACCAAUCGCGUCGUUCCUGAGCUUUUUGGUUAUGGUUGAUGUAGUCAAUGUCUACUUGUACUCUAAUUAUGGAUCUCUAACAUGGUAGUUCAACAAUUGUUCGUGCAGGCUUAGAAGUGAGUGGUUGGGAGACGUAGAGAAGAUACAACGUGUACUACUGACGCUGCGAGUCCGGCGGGGGAGGACUUGAUAAUUUACUUGUACAUAGACGUAGAGAUACAACGUGUACUACUGAGGACUUGGUCUUUCAUUUCUGUGAAGGAGCUUUUUCUUUCGACAUUGGGUGUGGUGGACUACGGUGUGGAAUUGUCGCGCAUCGUUAAGGCUUAAUAUAACGCGUAUGGAAACGAUAAUUUUUCAUAGUCGCGCAACAUCAUUAAGCCUUAGUAUAACGCGUAUGGAAAAGAUAAUUCAUAGUCGCGCAACAUCAUGAAGGCUUAAUAUAACGCGUAUGGAUGGACAACAAUGAUAGAGAUCAUUUUUAUUAAGAUUUGAAGAUAAACAUUUUUUCUCGACGCAUUCAAAGUCGGAAGUAACUGGCUCAUUUUUUCUCGUCUUGCUCCUUUCAUCCAAGGUAAUAAGCAUCCUUCCACUCGUCCUUAGGUAUCAGACCUUGUUGGUCUUGUCUAUCAAUCAAUGGGAAGAGAUGAAGCAUGCAACUAAAAGCUAGACCUUGUUGUUUUAUCUUGUUGAUACUGGAAAAUGAACAAGCCAGAGUCACAAUGAUCUGCUUCUGUAUGGUCGUUAGGGAUGCGGUGAUGAUGAUGCUGAAUAAUGGAGGAAACUCCUUUUCCUUCUAGUCCUCGUCUAAUCUUGCGACUUACAAGUACGCACAAGCAGCUGCUGAGAUCCAUAAGGAUGUGAAAGCAACACCGAGUAAAAGCGUCACAGUAUCGGAAACUAAAUUAUGAAGUCAUCUCGAAUAUACAUGACUGAGAUAGUACAUGAUUCCGGGACAACGUUUUUCAUAACAGAUUAACGGGGUAGAGAAUGACCACCAGAGAUGCAUGAAGAUCCAUCUAGUCUUGGUGGUAGAAUUUUCUAGUCUCUCUUGGUGGUGAAAUCUUCUAAUCUUGGUGGUAGAAUUUGCGAUGGAGUCUGACGCUCUUUUUGCGAUGGAACAGAUGGAAGCUCUUUCUCUCGGAGCCUACCAAGAUGUCUUAGAUUAAGGAACAAUAGAGUGAACUCUAGCUAGUUGAUGCCGUAGAGUGAACUCUAGUCUGAUACUCUGCAACUGCAUAUCUAGCUUAGAUGAAGACUCGAGUACACUUUUCUAAUUCCGAAUCGGCAUUGGCCUCGCGAAGGACGAUCUUCCCAAAUCUGUCGCUUUUCUAGCAACGUCACACGUGGAGGUGGAUGCUAGUUCCCAAAGCCAAAGCCACCAACAAGAGGAAAAGGUUGAUGCUCUACUUAAGGGGAUGGAUGUGUUAUUCUUUGUGUCGUUGAAGAUAUUCAACGCGCAGGGCUCGCUGAGGUGGAAGCCCCGCAGCUAAAAAUGGUUUCCACAUCCAAACGAGUACUAUUGUUGUCGUUUUUAAAGACAGCACGUGCCUCGCUCGGUUUGCUUGCUCUUCUUUGAAGGUACAGGCAGACUGAAUUAACCUCUUAAUCAAUAAGUCAAUUUGAGCACUGAGGUGACAUCUAAUCAAUAAAUUCAAACAUGACAUCAUGACAUCUAAUCUUACUAGCAGUGUUGCUCGCAACAGUGGCUCAUCUCGAUUGUUGCGCGAAGACAAGCACGUUGUCGUCUCUCACUCCGGAGGUCUCGCGGAAGAGGAACAUAAUUAUGUGAUUACUAGUGUGAGAUUGAGAAAUAUUCGAACGGCACCUAACCUAACCUAGAACAAAAACAUGAAUCGUGCCCUUGCUAUGUAGUCCUUCAUCAUCCGCAUAUAAUAAAUCUUGACCCACUGCCUCAUCGACCUCUUCUAACAAGCAAAACUCUCCAGAGUCUCCAGAGAUGCAGUUGCGGAUCAGAUCGCGAAAUUUCAGAGUGGCUCAGUCCAGACUGAAUUUUCUAAUGCUCUUUCUACCUUGCGAGUAGCACCCGAAGAGGGGUCGUAUAUUUAUGGCAGGGUAGCAGGGGAACUAGUUGUAGGGUUGUAUUUGUAUAUACCCUCUUAUACCUCUACAACAACUAGUAGAGUAUAAACCACUGUCAGUACAACUACGAGAAGACCCUCUUAUACCUCUACUAGCGCAAAUUAUACCUCAUCAACUAGAAGGAGGAGUAGUAGGCUAUAGACCCUCUUAAAGACUGUGAAUACGGACUAAGAAUAUCUUCCGAAGAAACGACGGAAGUUAACUGGCUACUUGACUCUAUACCCUCUUAGAAAGCUCCACUAGGACUCGAAAACUAGUAGGGGGGCUACUUCUCUUCCUUGUUCAGUAUCUCGCUUAUUUUAAGUAGUAGCUACUCGCUUAAAUUUCGUUAUUCUGAAUUGGGCUAGUAUUACCUACAGCGCUAACCUUGACCAAAAUCGAUAGACGUCCCGGACCCUGAGAAAGAAAUCCAAGUCAUCGUACCCAGCGAAGAGACUACUGACAAAAUAACGGGCUUGUCGCCGAUGAUAAUCGUUCUGUUAUGGAACAAACGAGGAUGAUAGAGACCACGACACUGACACAUAUCCUUGAUGUCCUAAUCCAUCUACUUCACAAGCAUCUCGGGAGCAAGAUCCCUCCAUGAUAUAAGGAGAAAACGACUGCAAGAUGGAUGUCAAAAUGGAUUAGGGUAAGCUGCUCUAGUAACAUUUUAUACAUAAGCCGCAUAGCCUCACACACAGUACUUGUAUUCGUAAAAAAAAUUCUUAUCCUCAUGAUCAUACUACAUUCUGCACAUCCUCAUGAUCAUACUUUCCCUCUGUUUUCUCCUCUUUUCCGUCCUGCCUUCCCUUUCUCUAUAUAUUUGUUUCUCCUACACUGUCUCAUUCAUUCGUUCAUUCCAAGUUUCUCGCUUCUGUUGAUGAACAUGAUAAUUGACACCAUGAUAAUUAAUUGACACCUACUUGUUUCCUUAGAUUGCCGAUUACUAAAAAUCGAGUGUGCCAGCCUUUUAUGAAGGAGCGACAGCGAGUCCGUGACCUUGGAAACAUCAGUCUUGGCUACUAACUAUCCGGUGCUCAAUGCGCAGGGCUGAGGCAGGACCCCUAUCUGAAUCUGAAUCUAACAAUCAUACAACUACAGAAGUAGGUCCCAGCACGAGGCCUUCCCCUACAGUAAGAACAGUGCUUCUUCUAAUCCUCAUCUGCGUUGGCGCAUUGAUUAUCGUUGGUGGAGGUCUCAUCGCCGUCGUCAUGCUUGGUGGAAAGAAGCUUCCUGCAGAGGGACCGGAUGCGGCGGAUGCGGCAGACGCAGACGCAGACGCGGACGAUUGGGAUGGGACACCCGAAGGAGAAGCAGCGGCACCAGUGCCACAAGAACAGCAGCCGCUAGUCACAGGAGAAGAGCCGGUAGCGGAACAGGUACCGGUGGUAGAGGGAGAACCGACCGCGGUAGAGAUGUAGAAGAAUAAGAGGCCGCUGCUGCGGUGCUAGGGUAGAAAAACGACAGGCAUUUUGAGAAGUAGGGAGAAGUUGAAUAGGUUAUUUGUUGAUACCAUGUAUGUGAGGUCAUCAAAUUUUUCAUUUUUUUGUCCUCGAGUUGUUUGUACGAGUACUAGCAGAAGAGCUGAAAGUAUAGUUUUGUUCUCGAGGGAUCUCCAAGAGAUUGUUGAGAAGCAUAAGUUUUGUUUUCGAUCCAAUACAUUUUUACAAGUAGAAUUGCUACCGAGGUAUUAUUUAGAUGAUUGAAAAAAUAGGAUGUUAUAAUAGAUGCAUUCUUGAGCACCAGCACGAUUCAACUUCAACAGGACUGAGUUAUCGUUACAGCAACUUCUCUUGCUACAAUAGAGUUGACGAAAAAAAUUAUACCCGGACACAUCACGAUCACAAACAAGAAGCUUUUCAACUACUUAUAUGAAAGAAAAAACCAAAACUUCUUUUCAGUACUAAGCGUUAUUUACCACUCGUUUUUGACAGUCAUUCAAAGAAUUUGGGAAACAGGUAAGAACGUUGCACAGCAAUGAAUAGGCGAGUCUCUUUUUUCAUGAUUAUUUACUGCUCGCUGUCAUAGUGAUAGUGUUGUCAAAUUCAUCAUAGUGUGAUUUUACGCUCAGGGCAUCAUCAAUUUACGGUUAGGGCUUCAUCAUCAUACCAAAAUCAAUAGUAGAAACGUUUUCUGGUUUGAGUAGUCUCCUUCAUCUCCAAGGCCCAGUUACAAAACAAUACCGCACGCAGAAAAAAGUGAUGUAUCAAGAUCGAUCAAUUGCAAAGACAACGGAGAAUAGUACUCGUGCCAAAUAGCGAAUCUUUGUAGUCAUUUUAGAAGAGGAUACUCCUCCCCUAUCCUAUGGCUGUACUUUGAUCAUAUCGUUAAGAGCAUCCACACAUCAACGCCUGCGAGAUGAACAGAUUCAAGAAGAACACUCACAAGACGAUAGAAAACGACAGCGUUGUACAAUGAUCAUGAUUUGUGCAUGAAGCCCAUUUUACUAGAAUCACAGCGAUGAAUUUGCUGUGUGCUAGAGCAGUACUUG